AUGUCCGAUGAUGAUAAUAAAUUAAAAUCGCCAAUCGUUGGAUCAACACGAGUCGAAUAUAAAGUUCCUCUGAUCGAAGAAUCCGAUGAGAUGGGAUCGAUCGAUUACGACGAGGAGGAUUCGAUUAUUGAAAAUUCAUGCGACUCGCCGUCUCAUUCUAAUUUUCAAGUAUAUUUAAAAAUUAAACCAAAAUCAAAAAGAAUUUCAAGUAAUACAGAGUCGAUCGAAGAUAAUGAAAAUUAUUACGAGAUAUUAAAUUCUACGACACUGAUAACGAGAUUCAAGGCUAACGUAAAUCGAAAUAAUUCAAGAUUUCUUUUGGCCAACGUUAAAAAUGAUAAUAACUUGAUUGAUAAUAAUGUUGGCAAAAGAUAUUACUUCACGAAGAUAUUUCGAUCUGACAUAUCGCAAGAGGAAUUUUUUGAGGAGAUUAUGAAAAAACGUAUCGUCGAUUUUUUAAAUGGACAAAAUUCAACGAUAAUGACUUAUGGAACGACAAAUUCUGGAAAGACUUAUACACUUCAUGGUACACCAGAUCAACCUGGUUUAAUUCCACGUACAAUCGAGGAUAUAUUUUCAUCUAUUAAUUGUACCCUUAUGCCUUGGUAUAAAUUUUAUUCUAAUAAUACCUUGAUAAGCCUUGACGAUAAAGAAAGAUUGGAGGAGUCCGAAAAGAAAACGAAAUUAUUGAGAUCGCCAUUGAUAAAUAACGAAAGAUUUAUGGAAGCAAGAAAAUCAUUGGAAAAUUCGGAAAGAUCGAAUAAAAUAGAAUCGGAAAGAAAACGUUUAGAGUGUAAUGGCGAAUUUAUGUAUGCCGUUUGGUUGUCAUUCGCUGAGAUCUAUAAUGACAAUAUUUAUGAUCUUCUCGAUUUCAAGGAAUCGUCAUCAUCAUCAUCAUCGUCGUCGUCGUCGGCGUCGUCGUCAUUUAAAAAUCAUCCAUUGAAAUUGAUAAGCAAUAAGAAUGGUACAACAUACGUUAAAGGAUUAACGACGAUCUAUGUAACUACGCCAUUUGAGGCAUGUCAAAUUUUAAUUGCCGGUCAAUCGAGAAUGAGUACAACGUUUACUACGUUAAAUCCUAAAUGUUCGAGAUCUCAUACGAUAUUUACAAUAGGAUUGUUGAAGUAUCAAAAGGAAUAUGCGCCUCAUGAAACCGAAACUAGUACAUUGACAUUUUGUGAUUUAGCUGGUUCUGGACGAUCGAAAGAAUUAAAUGAAUUAAAUCCCGAGAGAUUGAAGGAGACUAAAAAUAUUAACAAAAGUUUAUUGGUCCUUGGUAGAUGUUUAAAAACUAUUCGAAAAAAGCAGAGAAAAGAAUCGAUGAAAUGUAUGAAUGAUAAUGUGACUGGUCCAUUUCGUGAAUCGAAAUUAACGAGGAUAUUUCAAAAAGCAUUGUCCGGCAAUGAGCACGUGACCUUUUUAGUUAAUAUCGAUACUUCGUCGAUAUUUAUAAAUGAAAUUAAAAGUAUAUUGAAGGUAUCGUCUUUGGCAAGACAAAUAACGCCGGAUACGAAAGAAUCGAAUUUAAAAUUUAUCCUAAAGGAAUCCAAUUGUAAUACUUCGAGGAUCAAUGAAUCCAUAAUUUCGAAUGAAUUUAAAUCAUUUAGUACGACAAACGAUGAGAAUAAGUCAAUCGUUAGUCAAGAAAAUGUCAUCAUUGAAUCCGAAAAAGAUCGUCGUAAUGAUCACGAGGAAAGUACGAAAAACGUUUCGAUCAUCGAUGAUCAUAUUAAAAAUAUUUCAGAGGAAUGUAUAUACGAUGAGAAACGUAAAAGAGACGAGGAACUUUCGUUCGUGUGCGAGACCAAUGACGACGACGAUGACGAUAACGAAGAUGACGAGGAUGUCGAUGAUCUCGUGAUUUCUAAAGAUCUACAAGUUGAAAAUAUUCGAGCUAUGAGAAGAAGGAUACGAGAUUUGGAAAAUGAAUUGAAUAAUUUGCAACGUGAGAAUAUAGUCAUGAUUGAAAAUAAAAAAUAUUAUAAGAAAUUGGUACAUAUUAAAAGAGAAUUGAAGGAUUAUAAGGAUCACGAUAAACUUGAAAUCAAUUCGAAAUUGAAUAUACGCGAUGACGUUGUUGACAAUGAUAUUGAUAAUUUAACGAUUAAAUUGAGGAACGUUAUAGACGAGAAAAAUGGAUAUAUCGAUGAAAAUAAAUCGGAUUUGAGGAUAUAUCAGAACGUAGAAGUGGAUGAUUCGAUUAAUGACGAAUUAAAUGAAAUAAAUGAAUUGAGAAAGGAACUUACGGAAAAGACGAUUGAUAUAAAAGCAUUGACGUUACAAUUGGAAUCGUGUGAAAGAGAAUUGAAUGAGACCGAAGUUGCGUGUAAGGAUGCCGUCAAUAGGAACGAUGUAUUGUUGAAAAAGAUCGAGGCAUUGGAAAAUGUUGUUAGAUAUAUGGAAUGUGAAAGAAAGGAUACGUAUACGCCACAGCCGCCAUAUUAUUUGGAGGAGAUAUCAUCCGUUGAUAACGAUCAUUCUCAAAUUUAUCAUUCUCAAUUGGAAAGAAUUCAUUCGAAUACCGAUGAAAGAUUGUCAUCUAUCACGGAUAUAUUAUAUUUUGGUGAUGGUACGAAUAAUGAACCAACGGAUAUGAUCGUUCAGGCUCACAAAAAUUUCAUUCAAACCGAUCUUACAUACGUCAUCGAUAAUAACAAAGAGAACAACAAAGAUCUAUUGGAAUUUUCUUUAAAUGAAUUAAGAUCGAGCUAUGAAAGUAGUAAAAAUGAUUCUGGCAUUGUAAUCGAAGAAUCUGUCGUUGAUUGGAAGAAGGAAAUUUCUAAUGAUACGAAUGAUAAGAAAAAUGUAAAUAUGUCGAUUUUACGAGAAGAAUCGAAAGAAUUCGAGAAAGUAUCGAAAUCAUUGAACGUAAAAAUGUACGAAAAGGAAAGAUCAAUGGUUAAUGAUGAAUCGAACGAUGGAUCGAUAUUGAUGAAAGAAAUUAAUGAAGAAAAUGAAGAAAGUGAACUCACAACGAGAAAAUCUUUUCGAUCUCCGAACAUUAAAUGUCAAUCCUUGGAGGAUCUAUCGCAAUGGUUGAAGCAUAGAUUGGAUCUACAAAUGGCAUAUUGUAAGAUAGAACAUUUGUCGAAAUUGACAAAUCUCAAGAGAGAUUUAUCGUCGAAAACGAUUGAUUUGAAUGUGGCUAAUGAAAAACUAAUGACUGCCAAUAAAGAUUUAAACAAAUUAAACGAUUUAACAAAUAAAUUGAACGAUUUAACGAUUAUCGUUGCUGAAUAUAACGAAGAUAGGAAAGAACUUUACGAUAAAUUGCAGGAACGUACGGAGAUGCAAUUAAGUUUGGAAAUGAAAUUGAAACAUUUCGUAUCUUUGUUAGAGAAGAAGGAUGAUAUGAUAACGUGCCUGAGAAAGGAUUUGACUAAUAUUUUCCAUAUCAAUGCGAUGAAUAAAGAAAGAAUCAAGGAACUCGAUAUCGAAAUAAUUGAUAUAAAAGAAAAAAUGGAUUCGAUUAGAAAGGAAUUAAUAAAUUCCGAGGAAUUACGUAUUGAGUUAGAAAAGAAUUCGAUAAAGGAAAUUGACAAUCUUAAAUCACAAUUGACGAUUUAUGAGAAUAAUGGUAUGUUAUUAAAGCGUACCGUCGAUGAUCUCGACGAUAAGAACGAUGAAUUGAUACGAGUUAAAACCCAAUUGCUUCGUAAGGAACGUGAAAUGAGUUUGUUCAAGAGUAACAGAGAUGCCACCAUUAAGAAGUAUGAAUUUUUGGUUAAACAAUUGCAAGAGGAAAUAGAUAAGUUUAAAGAUCAAUCGCGUUACGAGUCAACUACGUCGAUGAUAUCCGAUGGGAUUAAAAAAGAAACGUCCAAUUGUUCGAUUAGAACGCGCAACAAAUUUAAAGUAUCCGAAUCAUUGAAGAAAUUAACACGUACGGGUUUUACGAAGAGUACCACCGAUCGUAAUUGGAAAACUAAUUAUCUUCGUAGAAAAUCGACAGAUGAAAAGUCAGUUGCAUCGACAUCGAAUUUUUCUGUAUCUAAAAUUUCAAGCUAUAAUGAGAGUAACAUAAUGGAAUCCACAUCGUCGGACAAUAAUACAAAGUUUAUCGAUGAAAAGGAAUUAGAUCGUACGUCAACGAUCGAUCGAACAGAAAGUGACGUAGACUCGAACGAAUCAUUUUCACGGGGUAAGAUCAUUAACGUUAAUUCCGAAGAAGGAACGUACGAUGAUUACGACGAUACCGACGAUGAUUCCGACAUUAUCUCUUGUAAAUCAUCAAUACGUAAUAACAGCAAAAUGUCCGGUUGGAUGAGAAUAAGAAGAAUCGAUGCCAGAACUGUCUUGACACAUUGUUCGGACAUUGAACUCGACGUUGAAGAUCGAUCCGAUGAUUCAGAUUAA